AUGAAGGCUUCUGUCGCGAGAAAAGCGUCGAACACUCCCUAUAAUGAAACAGUGGAUGAAAAGAGGGGCACAAAUCUUCUGAUAAGUUCUACAACUCUCGACCAAUUUGAAUUCAAAACGGUUGGCGAAGUUGUUCCUGAACGUGGAUACUCGGCUUUUUUCUUCAUUCCUGACACUAACGAUGAUCUUAUUGUCGCCUUAAAGUCGAAGGAAGUGGGCGAUUCUGAAGCCACAUAUAUCACCGUAUUCAACAUCGAGGGUCAGUCUCAACCGUACAUUCGCAAAUGCGGCGACGGAUGUACUGAAUACAAAUUACUCAUCGUCACCGACCUUGAUAGGGCUUCGAAAGCUGGUAAUUGGACAUGGAGGGCCGUUACCAGACAAGGUCUCUUGAAGUUGGAUAUUCAUCGUAACCCUCACGUGAGCAUCAAGUGGGACCCAGACAGGAACUUGACGUCGGCAAUGAACGUCAAAGGUCGUGCUAUGGAAUUAUCCGACUUAACGGUGUUCCAUCAUAGAAUUCUCACUCCUGACGAUAGGACCGGAUUGAUCAGUGAAAUAAGAGACAAUCAAAUUAUUCCUUGGGUAUUCCUCAACUCUGGCCCUGGAAACACGACUGACGCUUUCAAAUGCGAGUGGAUGACCAUCAAGGAUGGUUUGCUCUACGUUGGAAGCCAUGGCGUUGAGUACAAAACUAGACAUGGUUCUCACCGAAACAACAUGUGGGUCAAAACUGUUACCUCAAAGGGAGAGGUCACCAAUAUAAAUUGGAUUGGUAUCUACAACAAAAUGAAGGCUUCUGUCGGUAUCCCUGAAGAAGGAUACCUAACACAUGAAGCCGUUCAGUGGUCAGCAAGACGAGGACGUUGGUUCUUCUUACCCAGAAAAGCGUCGAACACUCCUUAUAAUGAAACGGUGGAUGAAAAGAGAGGUACGAAUCUUCUGAUAAGUUCCACGGAUCUCAAACAAUUCGAAUUCAAAACGGUUGGGAAAGUUAUUCCCGAACGCGGAUACUCGGCUUUCGCCUUCAUUCCUGACACGAACGAUGAUCUCAUUGUCGCCUUGAAGUCGAAGGAAGUGGGCGAUUCCACGGCCACAUAUAUCACCGUAUUCAAUAUCGAGGGUCAGGUCAUUCUUCAAGAUGAGGAACUCACUGGCGAUUACAAGUUCGAGGGACUGUACUUCAUUUAA